GAUAUUGUCAAGUAAAGAAUAUUUAUUUACAUAAUAUUAAAGAGCUGUUAAGAAAAUGAUAAAUAUCAAUAAUAAUUGUUCCUGUAUAUAUCCCACACCAUCUUCGACUUUACUAAAUAAAAUAAUAUGUCUUCUAGAAUACCAAGUGACCCCAAACGAUAUACCAAGAGUUUGUGAAAUGAUAUCCUGUUAUUUGGAAAAUUCUAAACAAGGAUUUCUUGUUGUGGAUUUACCAAACAUAAUGACUUUACUGGAAAUCUUAAGUGACGGUUUCGAUACAGAACCACUAUUCAGAAAAAUCUUAGCGGAUGUUUUACAAAUUUGUAAAAUUCCUAUACUACUUACUAGAAGUUCUGAUAUACUGAGAUAUUCCAUAGAUUUACAAGAGUAUUUUUCAGUUUUAGGGUACGUUUUACUUAGAGUCCAGUGCGCCGAAUACCAAAGACUUGUCUUGAAUAUUCUAAUAUCUUUAUUGCAAGAACCAACUGAAGAAUGGAAAAAUCAAGUUACUCUUGAGAAGCGACAAGAAGCAGCGAUGUCUGGCAGAUUUCCACAAAUUUUGGCUCAAUUGCUUUUUAUUGCCGAUGAUGAUCUAUUUCCUAAACUUUUGGAGCUGACGUUUAAAUUGUUGGCCGAAAACUUAGAAUCAUGUAAGUUAAUGCUACCAGAAGAUGUUAUAAAUUCUCUUCUAAUCAGAAUUGAAGACAACUGGAGAAACCGCUAUCCAGAUGCUCCAGUUUCAGAGCCGCACUCAGAUCUUUUCCUCGGAUUUUCGGAACCUCCUUCAUUUUCAAAUCUUACUUUAAUCACUUCUAUCGUUAAUCUGAUAGGAAUAUAUUUAAACUCAAAUAGAGACAUGUUGCAGAAUGUCCCUGUCAUCUCAAGACUUGCAUUAUGGAAUGUGAGAUACGUUUAUGUCUAUGUCACAACAAAGCAGAAAAAUCCUUCUGCCAGAAAUUUCCUUCUGACUGCUGUAAUUUGGAUACUGGAACUUUUUCCAAAUAUAGAUUUUGUUCCCAGUGGCUUAGCGCAAGAUUUGCUGAAUACUACUUUUCAAGAAGUGUCAACGCUCGCCAACAAUCUGCUAGUUUUGAAAUGUACACUUUCUGAAGAUGAUUUCGUCUAUUUACAGUUAUUUAUAUAUCUGAUUCCACUAUACCUGAAAUACAGAGGGGGGAAACUGAUUUUAGAAAGAAGCAGGAUUAUUUAUAGGUUAUUAAAAAUCAUCAGCGCUCCUACAGAAAAAAUACCUAAUCCUAGAGAACACGCAUGCGUUAUCAAAGUCAUCAGUUAUAAAAUGUUAAACGCUUUAGUUCCCCAUUUAGAAGAUGAGUUUAUCGAAAAUUGUGGCCCCCCUAUAUUAUUAAAAAACAUUAGAGAUAAAGUGAAUACAGAAAGUGGACUGAUUCUACUUUCCAAAUGUCUGGAUACGUUAAGACAAAUAUUGCAAUAUGAUCCCAGAAAAUUUGUUCGACAUUCCGUGUUAUUCAAUCAUGGCGAUGAUAUUAUAAUAGAACUAAGUCAAACAUUAUUAGAAUGGGAAAUAUUUACCGAGACAGCCCAAGUUUGUUUACAGGAAAUCUUUCCAAUAUUAUCAAUACUUUACAAGAACAAUGAAGCGAUUACUAGGGUGAAUAGUUUAACAUUAGUAGAAAUCUCCAUUCAGUAUUUACAAAGAAUAUUCAAACCAAAACCGAAUGAGCCAGUCUAUGACAAUAAAAUCAUGAUAUCACUGAUAGAUUUUAUAUGGGAAGUGAUAGUGAAAAACGAACAUUUGAGUGAUAUGUUUUACAAACGAGAUGGAGUCUAUCUUAUGCUGGAUGUGCUCCAGGAAUUUCCCGUUCCGAUCAAGAUAAUCACUUUAGGAGCGCUGGUAGAUUUAUGUGAUUUUGGCAAAGGUAAAUGUAUUCCCUAUUUAAUAACGUGGAGAAGAACGAAUGGAAUGACACUCCUUCCCUUGUUAAUGGAAAUAUUUAGAAUGGGAAAUAUGUAUUUGGACGUAAAAACGGGACGUCGUGGAGAAAUAGCAGAUGAAAAACAUCCCCUGAUGGGCACAGAUCAGUACAAUGCCACGUUCAUAGAAAAUAAGUUAGACGCUAGCCCAGCAAUGACGGACAUGUUUGCUAGCUGCAGGCCUAAAAUAUAUGCCCUUUUAACUUUGAUUCAAGACAGAUACAAAGAUAUUUUGGACGUUGCUAAUGAAGCCUACAAAACGUGGGAUGAUAACUUGCAAGCAAAAGAUAAGGUUACUUUACUAUUAGCUGAAAACUUUCUAGGCCUAAAGUUGGGUGAGAUGUGGGAGGAGUUAAAACUAAAAUUUGAAUUAAUGAAAUUUGAGCCAUUACCAAUAGAUGCGUAUAUUAUAAAUUCUUUAGUUGAAAGGACUCACCAAUGGGGAGCACACUUGAAAGAAGUUCAGAUCGAUAUAUUAAAACACGAACUAGCAGAUAAUCUCUUAGAUGAAUUAAACACAUAUCAACAAAUUAAAGACGCCCGCAUAUCCGAAGCUCUAGAAAGCAUGAAAGAAGCGAAAUACCUGGCUAGAUGUACUGAACGUAUAUUCCGAAUUGCUCAGACUUAUAAGCAAGCAGCACAAGCUGAUAGAUCCGUCGAAGAAAUAGCACACGGACCGCUGCUUCAUAAAACAUUUUUGGGUAAUUCACGUAUUACUCCUGUCUUUAAGCAAUUAGUGACAGUAACUGACGAAAAAGUUGUCAGAGAAGAUUCCAGCCAACUUGUAUCUCCAAGGGAGUCCGCACAUUUGAUGAAUUAUGACGAAAAAUCUACUUCUGUAAUGGUUCUACCUCAAAAACAAUUUAGCUUUUAUUAAAUAUUUUAACAACUGUUUAAUUAUACUCAUAUUUUU